GCUUCUUUAGAAACCACGAGAUGAGUCAGCAAGAGACAUUAGAUUGUGUCUCUAUAACCAAGAGGCUACUAGUUGAGUCUUCAUCCAGUGCCAAUGAAUUUCUCGAUCAACUUCAUCAUUUAAGCUCCAUAGUAUCUCAAUCCAGUCAGGAUCCAGACUUCAGACAAGAGAUUAGUUCACACCCUGAACUAAUUGAACUAGUGGUUGAUAUAAUUACGGAAUCUUUUAAUAUAGAUAUUGAAAGUGAAACCAUCCGGUCUUUGUACAUUCGUUUAUUUAGAGGAGCCUUAAUGCUUACUAGAAAUAUUGUUGUUAUAAAACCUGAUGCCAUUGAUUUACCAUUAUUCUUGCUCAGCAUCCAACAUUUCAGCCAAAAAGCUACAAAAGACGAUCCUUUUUAUUUAAAGACAUUGGAGGUUUAUAUUCAGACUCUAGCAAAUAUGACCCAAACAUUGAGUACGGGUGGUGAACAUUUGCUAGACUUGAUUAGAACUAGUUUUGAUGCUUUUCUGAUCCGCAUUAUAAACGAACAUGAAAACUUGAAAUUACCCUUCUUGUUCUUCCUUAAUAACGUCUUCAGCCUUCAAGAAGUAGUCUAUGACUUUUUGACUUUUGAAAAGUUUGAUUAUUUUUGUGAAUUUCUCCUUCAAGAAUCGGAAAAAAAUAUAUUAAAUGAUGAAGGCCAGACCACUCACACUUUACUUUCCUUAAUAUCUAAGGUAGUCAGUCAUGAAAGCUACAACAAGUGGAUUUCGCAAAGAGUUGCCUCUAAGGAUAUGGUUCAAAUAGUGAAGAUAAAUCAAUUGGUGAUUACAAGUGUUGAAUCAUGGGAUAACUAUCAGCUAACUGCAAUUUUAUCAUGGGUUUGGGACUGCUUUAAAGUCUUUUCCGCAAGUUCAUCAGAAAUGUUACGUAGUAGUGAAUGGGAUGAAACUGGAUUGAACUUUAAUCACGCCAACACCAUUGGUCUUCUUGAUAUUAUAUCUGAUUUAUGUAAGUUCAAUGCAACCAAGGGCUUUUUAAAUCACUACAAUGGUCUUGAAGAACUAAUAGAUUUAUUAAGGGUCGUUCAUGAAAAUGUUGAAAGAAAAACCCUCAAGAAGGGUAGUGAACCGAAAUCGGUGAAUGCUGUCAACAGUAAAAAGCUGUUUCCACAAGUGAAAUCCUUAAUAAUUGAAAUCCUAGCUUAUUUGACUCACGAUUCCGUCGAAAUUCAAGACAAAAUAAGAGACUUGCAUGGACUCGAACUAGUAUUAUCAAAUUGCAUGGUUGACGACAAUGACCCUUUUAUCAAAGAGAGAUCCAUCGUUUGUUUGAAGUUUUUGUUAGCGGGUAAUCAAGCUAAUCAAAAAUUUGUUGCAGAUUUAGAAGCUAAGAAGACAUAUGAUGAUCAAGCUUUGAAAGAAGUAGGCUACGAAGUUGAAAUCAAAGAAGGUCAAGUUCAAUUGAAACAACUGGAGGAUCUGAAGAACUUACAAGAUAAGAUAAGCAGCAAGAAAAAUGCUUUUUAAAACGAAUGAUUAUGACGAU